AUGAGCACUACCAACAGCGAGAGGGGAGGAGUUGGAGGCCAUUUCUUAUCGGACGAUGAGGACGAGGAUCUCUUGCUUGAAGAAAUUGACGGAGAGAAUCUUAACCAUCCUCAUGGUAAUCAUUCAUUUGAGGAUCAGAAUCAUCAUCAUGUCAAUAAUGGAGUAGCAUCCUCAUUAUCCAUGAGCAACAACAAUCAUCAUCGGAAUCAUUCAUUCAAUUCAUCAUCCCUCACUGAUUUAAAAUCGGUUUCAUCGGCAAAACGCAACGCACACAACAAAACCACAAACUCCUCUGUAAAUCUUUCAUCGUCACUCAACGCUUCUCGAAACGUCGUGCCCUCCAUUCACUCACUCCCACAUCGUUUUUCUGUGGAAAGUCCAAGCAUUUCAUUUGCAAAAGGAGAAAGAACCUAUUCAUAUCUAGACAGAAAUAGAAUAUCCACACCAGGACCCAUCUAUGAAGUCACCAACAAUAAUAGCUUUGUUACCAAGAACCCUACAGCAAGUAGCCAUUCAUUUCCGAAAGGAAAACGAUUUGUAGAAGAAGAUUUGAAGAUUGCAAAACAAGCUCAAAAUCCAAGCCCAACUGCUUACAAUGCUAAAUUCACUGCUUCCUCUAAACAAAAGAAUGAGCCAUCCUAUUCGUUUGGAACUCGAACACCUGUCGUAGAGUUUCGGUCAGACUCACCUGGUCCAAUUUAUCUCCCUCAACAAACCUCCCCAAAGUCUUCAAAAGUACCCACCACAUUUGGAGCUGGUGAACGAACCCUCAAGUUGAACGAUAACAGAGCAGCUUCUCCUUCACCGUGUGCUUAUGAUCCAACACCUUUAGAACCAAAAAAAAGUGUGACGUUCACCUCGUCUAAGAAAGACGUUGACUUUAUAUUUUUUGGAGACAAAUUAAGCAACCACAAGGAUGCUUAUCGAACACCAGGUCCCGUUUAUGAUCCAUCGUUUAGAGCAACUCUGUCUUCUUCUCCGUCAUUUACUUUUGGUCUUAAAACCCCACUUCCUUCUGAGCGGCCUUCCUUAGACAACCCAGGUUUUUUGAGGCCAGAAAAAUAUAGUACGGCGCCAUCAAUAUCUAUUUCAGGGAAAGAAAAAGAAGUAGAUCCUACAAUAAUUCAUGCUCCUCGUUUGAGGUACAUCAAUGAAGCAUUUUGUCAAGAAAACUAUGGAAGAGAGUCCCCAGGUCCUAAAUACAAUAUUUCAGGCAGCUUUCUUAUCCCCUCUAAAAGAAAACCAGUUACAGAUCAUCUGAGCGUGGUAAAGAAUGAUAAGAAAAAAGGAAAUUCAUCCGGAAAGCCCCCUUACUUAGGUUAUAGCAUCUCAAAAACAGCUGCUAUUGACACGGACAGUCCAGGUCCUAUCUACUCGCCCAAGGAUGAAUUAACAACUAAAGCAAGACGACCGUCGUCCAUUAUCAUGUCACCUCCAAAAAAGGCCAAGCUAAAGCAAAGCAAAGCACCUCCAUUAUUAUAUCCACAAAUUGAUGUUCUUUCAAGAAUACCAAAAGUGACAGCUCCCCGAUUUGUUAAAUCCAGUAUGGAUUGCCGAGAUUCUAGUCUAUUGGCUUCUUCAUCUGAAUCUCCAGGUCCAAUUUACAAGGUGGAUUGGGAUAGUCUUUCUAAGAGCGUCUCUCAAUCCUAUAGGGGAAAAUUUGGGGGUUUGUCAUGA